AUUGGUAAGGAUGUAUACAUAUGUAUGAUUUAUUUAUAUCUAAACCUGAUGUAUUUGUUUCGUCCUACACGUUUAAAUUAUUCUUUGUUAGUUGUUUUUACAUCAUCAUUAUUAAUUUGUAUCAAUGUUACGUCAUACAUAAAUAUAUACAGAUGUAAAUAGAAAGUAUUGAAUUCCGCAAUACAGUCACUCCGAUAGUUACUGCUGACACUUAACCUCCGAUUCAUAGGAGAUACGUCAAAAGUUGCCGGUAACAAAAUUUGAUAAUAAUUUCAUUCUAUUUGAAAUAAAAAUGAGUGAUUAUAAGAUUAUUACAUCUGAUUUUAUAAAUUUGAGUAUUACAAACUCUGGUCAUCAAAAUUCUUGUGUAGAAAGAAGAUUUCAAAAGGGUAUUACAAUCGAUGAAUUUAAGGGAAAAUUGGAAUUACUCACAGGAGGAAAUCCAAUAACAAUGAUGAUAGAAGUAUAUGAUAAAAAUGAUAGUUUGGUUUGUAAAUUAGAUGAUGGACAACGUUUUUUAGGAUCAUAUCCAAUUGAUGAUGGGAUGAGAAUACAUGUUAUAGAUAAUUUUUCACGCACAGAAGAGGAUCUGAGUAAGGUUGAAAAAUUUGAAAUAUCUGAGGAAGAUUAUGCUAAAAGAUCAGAUACAGUAAAGGCAUUUUUAGAAAAAAAUAAAUUAGGAAAAUACAAUGAAGCAGAUAUGAAAAGGAGAGCAGAAGAAAAAUUGAGGGAAGAAGAAGCAGAAAAAACUGCUGCAGAAUUAUGCAAAGUAGGUGAUAGAUGUGAAGUUUGUGUUCCGAAUCAGCCUAAACGCAGAGCUACAAUUAUGUAUGUCGGCAAAACAGAAUUUAAAGAAGGUUGGUGGAUUGGUGUAAAAUAUGACGAACCACUUGGUAAAAAUAAUGGGACUGUGAAUGAAAAGAAAUAUUUUGAGUGUUUACCUAAAUAUGGUGGAUUUGUGAAACCAGCACAUGUAAAAGUUGGAGAUUUUCCAGAAGAAGAGUUUGAUUUGGAUGAAGAACUUUAAUAUAUAAAAUAGGUCUCCAGUUGACAGGAUGAGAUUCUUCAGUCUAAAAAUAAUAUAAACAAUUUAUAUAAAUAUGAAGCUUUUUCGUCUUUGUAAUUGCACUGCAUUUAAUAUAUUUGCAAAAAGUACAUACAGCAGUAUUAUCUUCUUUGUAAACUUUUAUUGUUUUAUCUGCCUCUGUAGUAAUCAUACGAGUACCAGAUAUGUCAAAUGUGAUACUAAAUAUACCAGCUUCACUAUCCAUUGAGCCAGGUUGAACUGGAGCUUGUAAUCGUUGAAAAUUGUAUCUAAAAAUUUAGAUAAUAUGCAAGACAUUUUAAAAUUAAAUUUAUACAUAACAAAGUAAAA